CUUGUGGAAUAUCAAGGGAGUUUUCUUCUAGAUGAUAAUUCCGUACAUUCGCAACGGAUUCCAUUCUGAUUGAAAGAAAAAGGUAUUGGUAUGCAACCGGGGCAAAUGGAGUCCAAUCAGAAGUACAGGUAGCAGGGAUACACUUACUUGUCCAGUUGACCCACUGACGUCACUUCCUACACCAGAACGUCGAAACCAUACAAAACACGUGACCAAAUAGAAUACACUCACAACAACGUCGAAAACUCUGCUUAAUUUUAUUUGGAGAAACUCUCAAGAUUCAACAUUUUCAGAACGGAGAAGACUCCUCAUUUGCCUAUGGACGCCUGCUGCCGGGAAAGCCUGGCACUAUUGGCGCACUGACAUGGAGUGGAUGAAAUUAUAUGGCCACUUUCGGCUGCUGCAAAAUGGAUAAAAUAAGCGGAGGUGGUGAUUACUGUGAGGACGAGUCAUCGUGAAAAGGAAAUAUUGUCUCUGGUCAACAUUGCCAUUUAGUCUAAGUUGGUUGAUUCCGGUGUUGUGCCAUUUGGGCUAACUUCGUUGAUUCCGAUUCAGACCAUGUGUUGUGUAAGUUCGGGAUGAUAUCGGGAAUAUAUGGGAUGCAGGUUAUGCAUACGUUCAGCGGGAUUAGAAGCUAAAAGGUUUGCAGUGAGUUCUGGACUGGUUGUAAGUGAAUAAUAUUCCUUAGGAAUUUAGUUGUGAUAUCAUUCAUAUUGGGAUUUUGUGACUUUUGGUGUCGUCUGUGUCAAUUUGAUACUUUUGAUUUAUCGAACGCGUUGGAUAACAAAUUAAUCUGUUAAUUUAUCCUACCAAAGGGAAUUUACGUCAGUUGUACUGAAGCAGAAGAUAUUUGGAUAAGUUGAAUUGUUGUAUUCUUGACUUAGUGGAAUAUAUUUCAGAUCCAACUGCUGGAUGUUUACGCUGGAACUUCGCAUCUGCUGCUUGGAGUAAAUAACCUUAACCCCGCGGACUAAGACGGUGCGGCAAAAUAUUACAGUAAGGAAUAUAUACUGGUGUUUAAGGACGUAAUACUGCUGAGGGCGAAAAUCAGCAUCUGGCUUGAGAAUAGAGUAAAAAUCAUUUGAACACAAAGUGUUGUGCAGGAUUGUUAAAAAGUUAUAAAAUCGAUGUGUCAGGUCUAUGCAACUUGAAAAAUACGGGUGAAAACGCGAACGUCUGUUGCAUAACAUAAGGGUGAUCGAGUGGUGAUCUAAUACUUAAUGAUCAGUUUCUCAUGAAUUCUCCAGUUGACUUUCAGUUUGCUUGGAUACUUCUAAAUGCAUCGCACGAGGCAGACGAAUUGUGAGACAUCAUCGGUGAAAGUGUGCGGAUUCGUCAUCGAGGGAUGCCGACACUAAAGAUGGAAUACUACCACGGGAUAUUACUCGCAAUCAUAGGAAUAUCAAUGUGCGCUUGCCUAACCUUUGCUGACGACAACGAAUACCGGCUAAUCCACGAUCUUCUUCGCAACUACGACAAACGAAUCCGUCCAUCGAGGAAUGCUACUGAACCAAUGAAUGUCACAUUCGGCCUCGCUCUCAGUCAAAUCAUUGACGUGGAUGAGAAAAACCAAAUCAUCACAACAAACUGCUGGCUCAAUCAGAAUUGGUAUGACGAUAAGUUUGUGUGGAAUUCGUCAGAUUAUGGCGGCAUCAAAGAGGUCAUGUUACCUUAUGAUGUCGCCUGGAGGCCUGAUAUACUCCUGUAUAAUAACGCCGACUCGGCCUCCCACUGGUCGUCAAUGAGCACAAACAUUAUGGUGACCAGCGACGGCAACGUCACGUGGCUUUCAAUGGUCAUAUUCAAAAGCAGCUGCUCCGUCGAUGUAAAAUACUUUCCGUUUGACGAACAAAACUGUAGCAUGUGGUUCGGAUCAUGGAGCUACGACUCGAAAUACAUUCUUUUAAAAACAACAUCAGACGAAGGAGACAAGACGAACUAUAUACCAAACACAGAAUGGCAAUUAGUAGAAUUGCACGUGGAGGAGAAAAAUAUAACAUUUUCUUGUUGCAUUACCCCGUGGCCAAUGGUGGUGUACACUGUUCAGAUGCGACGGAAACCGCUGUUCUAUAUUUUCAACAUGGUAUUGCCGUGUAAUUUGAUAACUUUAGUGGCACUCUUGGGUUUUUACGUGCCGUCUGACUCGGGUGAAAAAAUAACCAUGGGGAUCACGACGCUGUUGUCCAUGACUGUGUUCCUAAUGAUAGUGGCGGAUAGUAUGCCAGCUACGUCGGAUGUAUUACCACUUAUAGGCCUCUACUAUGGUAUUACUAUAGCAAUUGUCUCGUUCGCCACUGCCAUGACCGUCUUUACUUUAAACAUCCACCACAAGGGCUUCCGGGGUAAAGAGGUACCAGACUACAUCAAGAAGAUCUGCUUUGGAUUCCUAGCCAAGAUUCUGUGUCUGAGAUUAGACCUGCCAGAAACCGCUCCUGGUGAUAUGCAGGGUGGAACAACGAACGAUCAGACGACGUCUACUUCGCCAACCACUGUUUCGUAUAUACCAACACCGAUGGACAACCCCCUGAUCAACAGUCCAGACUCAGGAGUCAUAGACCUCCAUGAAUUUCGUAAUAACAGAUACCAACAAGAUAUGAACUUUCGCGAGACAGAGCCGUUAUACAACACGUUUACCUCCGGAGAAGGCGGGGAGACCGGCAACAGUUCAUAUAUGAGGUUACGGCAGGCAAACAAAUGGUUACGGCCGGAGACUGGGAAGACGCAUAUGACGCAACUUGACUUCGUUCCGCAGGGAGAAUUUAAACGUCGAUACGACUCGGAGCCGGGGACGAUUCCAGAAAAUGGCGGCCUUUCGCCUCGCAUGACAAGUAGAUUACGUAAUCCAGGAACUGGUGGCACGAGUCGUAGUACUAGUAAUACAAACUCUACAAAUACGGACGAUUUCGAGAGACAGUUUCUCCGAGUUUUGCAAAAGGUGUAUCAGACGAUAGAGAAGAAUGAAAUGCGCCUGGCAGAUCAGGAUCGUCGGGAUGCUAUUAAGUUAGAAUGGCAACAGGUGGCGCUGGUGGUUGAUCGUCUGCUUUUAACUUUGUUCGUCGGUGCAACUCUGGGGGUGACUUUAGCCAUUUUAUUCCAGGCGCCUUAUUCAACCUCGUCCUUGUUCGGAAGUCAACAGGAGGAACGAGGAGGAUUUUUUGUGCAAUGAUGACGUCACAUCCUCCACCUGGUUUCUAAUUCAUUAAACAAUCGCCAGGGGCUCUCCCCUUCUCUCGUCGAAUUUAGGCAGGAGACCCUUCGCGACGAGAAUUCAUAGCCACACCCAUUCCCGAUGCAUUCACACAGCUUUGGCAUAGUCCAUAAGCUCAUUAUUUGGCGAUGUUUUCAGGGCUGGGUGGUGAAGGCUACAUGUAAUUACCCGUCAGGUGGCGUCUGUAUCGCAGCCGUCAAUUCCUUCCAACAUAUCAAUCGUCAGCUGCUUUAUAGAGGCUACUUGAUGGGAAGUAUAACAAUUAACAUUCACCGUUAACUAUAGACUCGAUGACAAGAUAAUGGGGCAAGAGUGUAGGUUUAAAAUUGACAAAUCAUGAAUAUGCAAUGAAUAGAACUGGGCGAACUCAAUCAAUUGGGCAUACUGCAUGUGACUAAAAUCUCCCUUUGUUUAUCAGAUGAUAAGAGGGUGAUGGCAGCCACGCUGUCUCUUAUGGUCAUUUCUGGGGCAAUAUCAUCUUGGCAUGCCUGUUUCUAGUGUCCCAGUAGGAAUAAGUUUCUUGAGAGCAUGGAAUUUAUUGAAGGGAAUGGGGUCACGUUUUUGCGGAUUAUGGGGAUUCCAAGCAGUUUUAGUCAAAUCACAACAGACAUUUUUCGUCAUUAGGUGACGUCUUGAAGCACCCUUGAUAUGAACCUUUCGUUGGAGUCAGGAACUGGGCACGAGGUUGGUCUUGUUCUCUUCACUGGCACUAGAGGGCUAAACAUUUUACUGCCUUCUAGUGGCGGCUGGGAGAACUAACUGAGCGCUGGAAUAUAAUGUAUUGUCGAGGAUCCAAGAAGACCAGGCUGAAGUUGUGUAAAAUUAGUAGCCAACGUUAACUUGGUAUCGUCGGCUGAAGUUAGGCAUCGACCCGUUUCAUCCUUAACCUAUAGAUGACGUUAUCGUCAACGUGAUAGAUUACAUUUCGGCUUCGUGAUUUUCAGCCUGCCGCCACCUGGUGGAUUGAAUCACAACUCAUUCUUUAUCACUUUUCAUUGACAUUUUUGCAAAUGAUGUAAUAUAGUAGGUACAUGUAUAUUAUCAUUGAAUCACAGAACUGUGGUAUAUAUUUGUAUUUGAUACCUUGCUAGCAUGUGUAUAUAGCCCAAGAUAUAAAAUUUUGCCUACCGCACAUAUCUACAUGUAUUUAUUCUUGAAUUGAGCAAUGCACCAUGUUCGUAUCAAUCUUACACUAGGUCUGUGAAACUGGUUGUAAAGGGACACACCGUUUAAUUUGCGCUAGAUAUGUCCCUAUCGUCUCAAUGGGAAAGCAUGGGAAUCUCUUUGGGUAGUAACAGGGUAGCCCUUACCAAUAAGGGGGAUGAACAAUGGGUUCCCAUCUAGUUUGGACGUGACUUUGCUUGUGGUUUGAUGACAAAACUUUCAAGUGAAUACUUCCUAGAAUUGUUGAUAGAUGGCACUGAAGGAAUAAUGGUAGUACACGUAAUUACGCACUGCACCUCUACAACAACGCCGAUUGUCGAGUCGACUAUGGGUGUGCUUUAUCGCAAGGAAUUGCAGAUUCCUUCUCACAAAACGCCACGGUGUCUGCUGAUGUUGCUUUCUUUUAUUAACUGCUAAAUAUCAUCACUUGGACAGAACGAUUGCCUGGUGAUUUUAUGUGCUCUUGAAUCGUAUGGUUGCUUACUUUGCCGGGCCGACACCCAUCGAUGCGAAGAGCUCAGAAGGCCUAUCGCCACUAAGUGCUUCACGCGGCCUAUCUAGCACGGAGACUCUUUUAUUUCAUGUCGCGUUAAGUCUAUGGACUACAACCUUGUGCUAUAUACGCCGCGUAAAGUACUGUUCAGGGAUUAGAUUUAUCUACUUGAAGUGUAAAGCAAAGAAAAUAUUGUAAACUGUUUCAGUUGGGGCAGUGGAGUGAGCUACUUUUAGCUUCCCAUUAACCCCCCCCCCCCCCUCAUGGAUGAUAGCACCUCCUUUUUACAGGGCUUUGACGAAGAUAACUCCUCACCGUCUCUGGGUAUCGUGUUUGGCAAAACCAUGCUAUUCUUGAUUGCAUUAUCCCGUUCGUACGACACACUAUUAUCAUUGUUAGAGUAGUCAUAUUUUUAGAUGUUGUCCACACUGAAUUAUCAUUUUUCAAAACUACAUUGUCAUUUGGGGUUAAAACUGUAAGAUACUGUUAUCAAACUAAAACGGGGGCAUAAUUUUUAUGAUGACCAGGGAAAGUGAUCACGUGUUUAGCGGGAGUUGCUGACGUAAUGAGUAUUUGUCCGAAGGUCAAGGGCAAAGGAGCGAUAUUGUAGUAUCCUAUUGCAGCAGGUUGUUCAAUGUACUACCAUUCUUUGCUUUUCAUAUCAUCACCAUCAACAAUAUUGUCAAUCAUGUCAAUAUCGUCAUCAUUGUCAUCGUCAUCAUCAUUAUCAACCUAAUUAUAAUCUUCAUCAUCGUAUCAUCAUCAGCAGCAGCAGCAUCAUCUACCUUCCUCAGUUGAAAUUGCGGUUGAUAUGUCCUCAUCAUCGUCAUCAUCAUCCUCUUCUUCUUCAUCAUCAUUAUCACCAUUGGUCUUUUCCCAGCUUUUGUCAUUUUCACGGUUAAUUUAUCUUAUCGAUUGUGCAAAUUGCGAAGCUCAUCGCCAACUUAUUUUCACCCAAACAUCAAUACAGGUUAUUUUUGGUGUUGUCAAUCUGUUUUUAACCUCCCGUUUCCGAUAUAACACUGCAAAGCCGGUCAGGAACACCUUGAAUGGAAAGAGUCGUGAUGUAUUUUGUAUCCUUACCGAUUUUACAGCUACUGCAUAAUCUGCUGACUCGUCAUCGUCAUUGUCAACAUCAUCAUAAGCAUUCAUCCAUUGAUCACUUCAUAGUCAUAGUUGAUCAUAUCUUUACUCGCCUCCGACUGGCAUGACUGGUGUGAAGCUCACCUUAAACUCAGCACAGGUAGCAAUGGGUUCACAAUGCAGCCUCUGACAUUUCAUAAGCCAUUCUACAAAGACGUUACCACAAGUCUAAGCGGCGUCCUUCAUCUGUUUAUUUGACAUUCCUGAAACUAUGCAUCUCCAGGUAUAAUUUCCAUUCCCAUUGUCAUUAUGACCUCUCCCUCUUCAUCGUUUCCAUUCUAUUCCCAACUCUGUCAUGUGCAUUAUAUCAUCAAAGAGGCCUAUACCUUAGGCAACAGAGAGGCCUAUAGGCCUAAUCAUCAAUCCAUCUUUCAAAAUACUCUCUUAUUGACAUCAUCAUAAUAAACGUCGUCGUCAUAAAUGUCAUCGUUAUUCAUCGUCAUUAUUGUUACACAGCAUCAUCUGCGUCUGCGUUACUAUCAUGCUGACACCAUCAUCAUCAUCACCAUCAUCAUCAUCAUUAUCAUCAUCGUCAUCAUCCUAUUCAUCAUCAUCGUCGUCAUCGUCGUCAUCAUCAUCAUCAUCAUCAUCGUCAUCGUCAUCGUUAAAAAACAUCGGAAAAGACGGAUUUAUAACAGUUUUCUUCGAUAGUUUCUUUACUUUAUCUUUGCAUUAGCUGUUAAAGUCUAUGUACACUAGUGUAAGUUUGUCAUUUAAUCUUCACAUGUUCCUUUAUUCUCAUUGCCUCUUGCUUGUAUCUUCAGUUGUUACUUGAACAACCUGCGUGGUAGAAAACGAACUGGUAAAGUCGUCACGUGAAUAUUAAGUUCUAAGACUUCAUAUUUGUAUAAAUAUAUAUAACAAGAAGAAUACACUUUUAUACGAUGAA